UUGCCUAUUAUAGUAGAAACAAACCCAGCAGAAUAGUGCGACCUGCGCUCAGCGACAUAAUCUGACACCAUGCAGAAACUCGUCGCCGCAGCGGUUUGCCGGCUAAGAACUCCUCUUAGCCUUCUAGAAGGUAGUUUAGCGGCUGGUGGCGUCCGGCUGCUGCACACAACUCGGCCAUCAGCGGACCUGCGCGAGUUUUUCGACUGGGCGUCGCGGGAGGGCAACAAUGAAGCAUAUGGGCGCGGCUGGAAGGUGGAGGAGCUACGGCUCAAGUCGUGGCAGGACCUCCACAAGCUCUGGUACGUUAGUCUGAAGGAGCGCAACCUGCUGCUGACGGAGAUGGGGUUGAAGCACAUCCCAAAAGACGCGGCGCACCAGGUCAUGCGGAGGAUUCCCGUAGGCGCCGCCUCCGUUGAGGAGGACCCACACCGGCUACGGUACACGGAGGUGCAGAACACGCUACGGCAUAUCCGCCAGGUGUUGGAGGAGCGGGCAGCUGCCGAGCUGGUGCCCAAGCUGCGGCGGGAGAUGCUGGAGGUAAUCAAUGCGCGAUGAGGAGACCUGGCGGAGGGGAUUGGGACAAGUGAGUGUCCGGGGUUGUGGCGCGGCGGGGGGCGGUGAGCCGAUCAGCAGCCUUGCACAAGGCAAAGGGUAAGCUGGGCGUGCCGAAGGUUUCCGUACAAGAAGGUACGGCGGGGUAAUGAGGGCGGCAGCGGAAGCGUUGUCGUAACGUGACAUGGCGUGACGUGGUGGUGCAUGGAAGCCACCGGAAGGUAUGACUGCGCCAUGACAAGAAGCGACAGCCUGAGGUAUGAUGGAGAGGAGUAAUUGUAGCACGAGUAUCGGGGAGGCACCCCUGCCUGGUACGCGUUGUUGAGGCUGUGGCUGAGGAGCUCUCUGGGUAUAGCAGGUGGCGUGACGUGGAUGAACAGAUCAAGCUGUGAUGCGGCUGAGAGGUGGAAACAGUGGAAGCCUGACAGCAGCGUCCACCAUGCAUUCUGCACGUGGCCAGUUGUGUGCGGUGCGGCCAGUUGUGUGCGGUUCGGCACAUUCGCAUGGGUCGCACGGGUCGCAAAGCCGCUUACGCAGCAGUUGGCACUGUCAUGGCCUUUAACAUGGUGUCACGUAUUGUGGAGGUGUAUGUAUGGCAAUUGGCAAACGAAGGCGCUCCAGACCAUGUAAUGAUCCCCUGCU